AUGAGGAAGAAAUAUUACAACAUGGUGGAAGAAAUGAAAGGUAAAAUUAGGGUGUUUUGUCGAAUUCGUCCGGUGAACCGCAGUGAAGCUGCUCAGGGUGGGGUUGUUGUUGUGGAUAAAUUAGACGAUCACUCCGUCAUGGUGGACACACCGCGAGGGCCCAGAGAGUUUCAGUUUGACAAAGUGUUCAGUGCCGAAAGCUCCCAGGAGGAUUUGUUUCAGGACACAAACAGGCUCAUCCAGUUGGUCAUUGAUGGAUACAAUGUUUGUAUCUUCGCUUACGGCCAGACAGGCUCAGGAAAGACCUUCACCAUGGUGGGGGACAAGGAUCAGAAGAACCCUGGGAUCAUGCCAAGAGCUUUCAACGCCAUAUUUGAUGUCAUGCAGGAGAACAGCUCCAGGUUUACCUUCAAGGUUUCGGCCUACAUGCUGGAGCUAUACAACGACAGGCUGCAGGACCUUUUAAUCAGUCAGGCGGGUGAGGCCCAUGCACAGACACAGCCCCACAGCCCGGCCAGGCGGGUGGAGAUCAAAAGGAACAGAAAGGGGGUUGUAUUCGCUCAAGGAGCAGAGACAAAGGAGGCUUCCAGUGCCCAGGAGCUCUUCGCUUUGUUCCAGCAGGCGUGCAACAGUCGACACAUCUCUGCCACCAAGAUGAAUGUGGAGAGCUCCCGUUCCCACCUCAUCAUUGGCAUCAUGGUGCAAAGCAAGAAUUUAACCAAUGGGAGCGUGAGCACCGGAAAGCUGAGCCUCGUGGAUCUUGCAGGCAGUGAGAGGGCAGCUAAAACUGGUGCCAAGGACCACCAGCUCAAGGAGGCAAACUCCAUCAAUAAGUCUCUGAGUGCUCUGGGUGACGUGAUCUCAGCCCUGUCUGCAGAGCUGCCCCAUGUUCCGUACAGGAACAGCAAGCUGACUCAGGUGAUGCAGGACUCUUUAGGCGGAAACGCCAAAACUCUGAUGAUUGUCAACGUGUCUCCUUCAGAAUGCAAUCUUGAUGAGACUCUCACAUCUCUUAUUUAUGCAACAAGAGUGAAAGCCAUAACCAACAAUGCUCAGAGAAAUGUGGAAAGCAAAGAGAUUGCCCAACUAAAAGAGGUGAUCAUGAGGCUGAAAUCUGGACAAACUGUGGAGGAGGUGGAUGUUUAA